AUAUUCAAAAUGCGUAAAAUUAAAUAAGUACUCCAUCAAUGUAUAUCCUCUCUGAAAAAGUGUUCAUCAUUUCCUGAACAAUUGUGCUCAAAGACAAAUCAGUCAUUCAUCUAUCAUCAAUCAUGUAUUCAAAACUAGUGUUAUUAUUAUUUCUAGUCAAUAAUAUAAAUAGUGAAAUAAUAUUUCGUAAUCCACCAUUAAGUAUUGUAGACGAUUUAUUAAGUUCAUUUCAACCCCCAUUACCAGAAAAUGAGGGAUUUGUCACCGAUACAGUGCAUUUUCUAAGUGAAUAUGAUUUUAUUGUAAUUGGUGCAGGAUCCGGUGGAUCAGUUGUAGCAAAUCGUUUAACCGAGAUUCCUGAAUGGAAUGUAUUAUUACUUGAAGCUGGUAAAGAUGAAAUAUUUUUUACCGAUGUACCAUUAACUAGUUCAUUAAUGCAAGUAACAGCAUUUAAUUGGGGUUUUAAAGCAAUCCCGGGAAAUAAUUAUUGUUUGGGUUUAAGUGAUGGCGUAUGUAAUUGGCCUCGUGGUAAAGCUUUAGGGGGUACAAGUGUUAUAAAUUUUAUGUUGUAUACUCGCGGUAAUAAGCAUGAUUUUAAUUAUUGGGAACAAUUAGGGAAUCCUGGAUGGAAUUACGAUAGUUUACUCCCUUAUUUUAAAAAGUUUGAAGAUGUAAAAAUUCCUAGUUUAAAAUCAUCACCAUAUCAUUCGACAGGUGGUUAUCUUACAAUAACAGAACCACCUUUUCGGACACCAUUAGCGCAUGCAUUUUUGGAUGCUGGACGUGAACUUGGGUACAAUAUUAGUAACCCCAACGGAGCAAGACAACUUGGAUUUUCUAUUGUUCAAGCAACUGAACGCCGUGGAAGACGAUGUAGUGCAUCAAAAGCAUUUUUACGACCUAUUCGACAUAGACGUAACUUACAUAUAGCAAAAGAAGCUCGAGUUACACGUAUUUUAAUUAAUCCAGAAACAAAACAAGCUUUCGGUGUAGAAUUUAUAAAAAAUAAUAAACGUUAUUAUAUAAGAGCAUCGAAGGAAGUGGUUUUAUCCGCUGGAACGCUAAGUUCGCCACAACUUUUAAUGUUAUCAGGUAUUGGACCCAGAGAACAUUUAGAAGAACUUGAUAUACCAGUUAUCCAAGAUUUAAAAGUUGGAUACAAUUUACAAGAUCACGUUUCAUUAUCUGGUCUGGCAUUUGUGGUCAAUGAAACAAUAAGUAUUCGUGAAGAACGCGUUCAAAAUCCAAUUGAUAUUUUUAAUUAUAUACGAAAUGGUCGAGGUCCAUAUACUGUACCGGGUGGUGCAGAAGCAAUUGCUUUUAUUAAAACCAAGUAUAGUUCAACGUUAGGUGAUGAUUUAACAUAUUUAGAUGAUUAUCCAGAUAUGGAAUUAGUAUUGGGAAAUGGUGCACUUAGUGGUGAUACCUCUGGGUCACUCAGACGACUUAUUGGAGUUCCUGAUGAAUUUUAUCAAAAAGUCUAUCAUACGAUUAAAAACAAGGAUGCAUUUAGUAUUGUACCGAUUAUAUUAAGACCAUUUAGUCGAGGACGAGUUACGCUGAAAAGUAAGAAUCCAUUCCAUUGGCCUAUAUUUGAUGCAAAUUAUUUAAGUGAUGAACGAGAUGUACGUGUUUUAGUGGAAGGAAUAAAAAUUGCCGUUCAAAUUGGCGAAUCGUCGAGUUUUAAAAAAUAUAACUCAACCCUUCAUAGUACACCAUUUUUGGGCUGUGAACAAUAUCGAUUUCAAUCAGAUGAAUAUUGGGAAUGUUGUGUUCGACGUAUAACAAUUACAUUAAAUCAUCAAGCUGGUACAUGUAAAAUGGGACCAUCCAAUGAUCCAGAUGCGGUUGUCGAUCCAGAAUUACGUGUACAUGGUAUAAAUGGUUUACGUGUUGUAGAUGCAUCAAUAAUGCCAUCAUUGGUUGCUGGCCAUCCAACAGCUGCAAUUUAUAUGAUUGGUGAAAAAGCUUCUGAUAUGAUUAAAAAUACUUGGUUAAACAGAAUAUAAAAAAAAUUUUAACAUUUCAUUAUUUUUGAUUCAAUUUGAAUAUUUCUAAGGUGGUAUUGAUUUCUAUAAUGAUAAAUGUAAGAUAUGAAGUUUUAGAACAUGAAGGAGGGAUCUGAUCCAAAGCUGAUCCAAAAUGAUAUCCGCAAAAAUGGGCACAAAAUUUUUCAUCAGAAUGAUAAGAACUGAAGCCAUAGGCAAAUAAUCAAUACAUAGUAUAAAACAAUGUCGCUUCUGCCUGUCUGUCUGUCCC